GUCGGUGUGUGGAGGCUUGUUUUGAUGCGGACAGACUGAGCGUGUGUUGGGUUUACAAGUCCCAGCGGAGGGUUUAAAGUGGACCGGAGCUGUGACCGGGACCGGAGCUGCGCACACGGAUGCGGGGAGAGGAGUCUUCGGAUUCGGAGUCCGGGAGGAUGGAGGAGAGUUCUGUCCGGAGGAGUUUGGAGGCGUUGUGUCAGGAGCUGAACAUGGACGAGGAGACGGCGAGUGAAGCCAUGGACAACUUCAGCUGCAUCUGGAACACAUACACACUGGAGGGGGAGGUGGUCCACUGGUUGGCCUGUUCGCUGUAUGCAGCCUGCAGGAAAGGCUCCACCCCCACAGUGGGUAAAGGCCUGAUGGAAGGAAACUGUGUGUCCCUGACCAGGAUCCUUCGCACUGCUAAGCUCAGUCUGAUCCAGUUCUUCUCUAAGAUGAGGAAGUGGGCUGACAUGUCCAACCUGCCGCAGGACUUCAGGCUGCGCAUGGACCAGCUGGAGAGGAACUUCGAGGUGUCCACCGUCAUUUUCCGCAAGUUUGAGCCCAUUUUCAUGGACAUGUUCCAGAAUCCACAGGGGGCGGAGCCACCGCGGCAGCCACGCAGCAGGAAACACAGGCAGCUGCCGUGUCACAUCAGUGAUGUGUUUAAGUUCUGCUGGACUUUGUUUGUCUACACCAAAGGUAACUUCCGUAUGAUCGGUGAUGACCUGGUCAACUCGUACCACCUGCUGCUCUGCUGUCUGGACCUGGUGUUUGGAAAUGCUCUGCUCUGCGGCAACAGGAAGGACCUGAUCAACCCAACGUUCAGAGGUCUUCCUGGGCCGUACAGAGCGGACGGUCAUGUUCCAAGUGAUAAGCCCCCCCCCUGUGUGUUGGAGCGCCUCUGUGAGCUGCAUGAUGGGCUGGUGGUGGAGGCCAAAGGCAUCAAACAGCACUACUUCAAACCAUACAUCCAGAAGCUGUUCCACAGACAGAUCCUUAAAGGUAAUGAGGAGCUUUUGACGGAGCUGCUGGAUCCUCAGAACUUCAUCGAUAACAAUAAAGCCAUUAACAGAGAGUACGAGGAGUACGUGCUGACGGUGGGAGACUUCGAUGAGAGGGUGUUUCUGGGAGCAGACGCUGACGAGGAGAUCGGAACACCCAGGAAGGUGGUCCACGAACCGUCGGCCAGUCUGACGGCAGCGCAGAACCACCUGCAGCAGCAUGUAGAGAAGUCCGGCUCUCUGGCUCCUUCCACACCUCUGACUGGACGAGUUUACCUGAAAGAGAAGGACCUUCUGGUGACACCGGUGUCCUCGGCCACACAGAGUGUCAGCCGACUGCAGAGCAUGGUGGCCCGCCUCCGGACCGCCCCCAGUGAUCAGCUGAUGCAGAUUUUCAAGUCCUGCUCCAGAGACCCCACCCAGUCCAUCCUGUCCAGAGUGAAGACACUGGGCCAGACCUUCAAAGAACAUUACACCAACGACUCUGAGGACACGCCAGGGUCACACAUAGACUUUGCAGAAAACCGUCUGAAACUAGCAGAGAUCCUGUACUACAAGGUCCUGGAGAAUGUGAUGGUUCAGGAGACCAAACGGCUGCAAGGAAAAGAUAUGAGCGUGUUGUUGGAACAGGACAUCUUCCACUGCUCUCUGAUGGCAUGCUGUUUGGAGGUGGUCCUGUUCUCCUACAGUUCCCAGAGAACAUUUCCAUGGAUCAUCAACGUCUUCAAACUGGCUCCUUUCUACUUUUUUAAGGUGAUCGAGGUGUUCAUCCGCUCAGAGGAAGGUUUGUCCAGAGACAUGGUGAAGCACCUCAACUCCAUAGAGGAGCAGGUGUUGGAGAGCAGAGCCUGGGUCGGUGGUUCUGCUCUGUGGAGCGCCCUGCAGACAGCUGGGAACAAAGUCCCAACUGUGGAAGAGGUCAAUUUCUCCUCUAGUCUAGACACAGGUUCUGGUUCUGGUUCUGGUGGGGUUCAGUCCCACCUGCCUCUGGUCGCCCUGUCUCCCAUCAUCCACCCACGCAUCAGGGAGUUCAGAUCAGGCCUGGGCAGCACACGCAAAGAUGUGCCUCCUUCUCCUCUGUCCGUUCAUGACCGCUACAGCUCCCCCACAGCUGGCAGCGCCAAACGCCGUCUCUUCGGCGACGACCCUCCCACUUCUGUGACAUCAGGCCUGACACCCAAUGGGAGCCCCAUGUCGUCUCCGGCUAAAAGGCUGACGUUCAGCUCCAGCUCCACCCUGAAGAUUGGAGCUCAGAGCGCCCAGACCACGGUCCUGAGCAUCCCACUGCAAGGGGUCAGUUCUGACCGGACCAUUACGCUGAUCCCAGUCCAGCCCUGUGACUCCUCCUCUGGGACAGUUACGGCCCAGUUGCUGCUGACGUCCUCCCCCAGCCGCAUCACAGCUGCAUCUGUGACCUCUGACCCCCCGACAGGAAGUGGCCGUCCACGACGCACCGGCUCUCUGGCUCUGUUCUUCAGGAAGGUGUAUCAUCUGGCCAGUGUGAGGCUGAGGGAUCUAUGCGUGAAACUGGACAUCUCAUCUGAACUUCGUGGGAAAAUCUGGACAUGUUUCGAACACGCUCUGGUCCACAGUACAGAUCUGAUGAGGGACCGACACCUGGACCAGCUGCUGCUGUGCAGCGUCUACAUCAUAUCCAAAAUCACCAAAGAGACUCACACAUUCCAGGACAUCAUGAAGUGUUAUCGCAGCCAACCUCAGGCCAACAGCCAUGUGUACCGCAGUGUCCUGUUGCGUCACACUCCCAGAGAGCAGGUGGCAGACGAGAACAUGGAGGUGGACCUGGUGUCUGGUGGUGAAUCGGCUGAGAAAACCGCCCAGAGCUCCAGUUUGGACCAAUCAGCAGAGGAGGAGCGCGGUGACCUCAUCCAGUUUUACAACACAGUGUUUGUCCUGAAGAUGAAAGGCUUCGCUCUGCGUUACGCCACACAUGAGAACAGGGCUGAAGCUCCGCCUCUGUCUCCGUUCCCGUCGGUCCGGGCUCAGCCUCUGUCCCCUCGUCGUGUUUCUCAGAGACACUCUCUAUACGUUUCUCCUCAUAAGAACAGCAGCGGCGGAUACCUGACGCCCAACUCCUACACCUACAGGAUCAACAGCAGCCCCUCCAAGGAUCUGUCGGACAUUAACCGGAUGAUCCGUCAGGGCUGCGUCAGCAGGAAGAGGGCCUUCACCAUGGAGGGGGAUGUCAUGAUGUCAUCAGUGUGCGACUCCCCCAGUAAGAGGGCGUGUCCAGAGAAUGGCAGCAGUCCAGACAUUCUGCUAAAGCGUCUGCAGGACGUGGUGUCGGAGCGGCAGAGUCUCUGAAGAACCCACCGAGUCACUGAAGAACCCACCUAGUCCUGUUCAGAACAUAGACUAACCCUAACCCUGACCCUUCGGUUUUCUUCCUCAUAAACAUGUCAGAUCGAUCAGCUGACUCAUCUUUGAGGAUGUUUCUGUUUUAUUUUGGAUAAAUGAUAAACACAGAGGAGGGAAAAGGGGAUGAAAUGGAGGCAUGUGUUUAAUGGUCUGUCCUCUAUGUCCUCCCUUCAUCUACUGUCCAUGUGUCUGCUGUUGGACGUCCCAUGGGGACGAGCAGUAACGAUGGGACUGAGCUUCAUUUAUAAAAUGUCCUUAUUUUAAUUAAACAGCAACUGAACAGAUGAUGGACAGUGGAAACCCAACAGUUUAAAGGUAAAAUAAACAAAUACACAGUAACUGAGUACAAAACACACAGAACUGAGUAUAAAACACACAGUAACUGAGUAUAAAACAGCAGCGUUCAGACACGUUAGCUCUGCGUCAUACUGUUAGAAAAAAAAAGGAUUCAGAAAUUGUGUGUUUAGUGCUGGUUCCACAUAGUUCUGGACAGAGCUCUGAUCAUUACCUGGUGCCUC